AUGGAUCUACCUGUUGACAAAUGGAAGUCUUAUGUGGACCAGAAGUGGGCUUUGCUUCAGCCAUACAAAAAGGCGGUGUUCUCUCAGACAAAGUCACUGAAAGACAUCUUUCUUCAAUGCUGUUCUCUGAUCCAACCUGAAGAUGAGGCACUUUUAGAGAGGCUUUCUAGAGAUUAUUCGGUGGAGAAAGAUCCUGACUCUGCCCUUUUCUUCAAAGAAGAAGGGAACAGAAAAUUCCAGAGAAAGAAUUACAGGAGCGCUGCAAUGCUGUACUCCAAGGGAGUGGCCCAUGCCAGACCCAACACCCAAGAAAUGUCAGUGUGUUAUGCCAAUCGCUCUGCAGCCCUCUUCUACCUGGGUCAGUAUGAGGUUUGUCUCGAAGACAUCAAGAGAGCCCAAGGGCACGGCUACCCGGUGAAUCUGCAACCCAAGAUACUGUCGCGGAAGGCCGAGUGUCUGCUGGCCCUGGGUAGGGUACAGGAAGCCACUCAGGCUGUCGAGGAGCUGGAGGGCCACCUGACAGCUAGUCGGAACCAUCCCGCUCUGCAGAAAAGCCUCAGCCACCUGAAAGUCAGGGUCCGGGAGAAGGAGGGCGGGCAGGACGUCCCCACUACGGGGCUGACCAGAACCUCGACUGGUUUGGAAUUCCGGGAAGAGAACGAGCAGAUUCCGCAGGCUUCGUCGCACGUGCUCUUGCGGGCGGAUGUUUCUAGAGGACGACACCUGAUCGCUAAGGAGGAUAUUCUGCCGGGAGAGCUCUUGGUGAAAGAGGAAGCUUUUGUGAGCGUGCUCAGUCCCGGAGAGGAACUGGGGCUCCAGGAUGACCUAGAGACCAAAUGGAACCUCAGAAUUACUCACGGCGACCGCCACUGCCACAACUGUUUGAAGCCGGUCCUGUCCUCCGUCCCCUGCAGUGGGUGCAGUUAUGCCAAAUAUUGCAACCAAGAGUGCCUGCAGCAGGCGUGGGAAUGCUACCAUAAGAUCGAGUGCCCGUUAGGUGGAAUCCUGCUCACGCUAGGAGUCUUCUGCCACGUUGCCCUGCGGACGGUUCUCGUGGCCGGAUUUGAGGAUGUCAGUAGAUCAGUUAAGUGGUUUCCCGAUCAGGUAACUAACCGGGAGCUCUGGGCCCCGGAAGGAAGAAGCCUUGACGAAACACCAAAUAGCAAGCUGGAGCUGGGAGAAACAGAGCGAAAGAGUGAGGCGGGAGACAUUCCGAUUCCUGGGUGUGAUGUUAAUGGGAAGUACCAAAAUACCUACAAUGCCGUCUUCAACCUUUUGCCCCACAGUGAGAGCCACAGCCCUGGACACAAGUUCCUCUGUGGCUUCAGCAUAGCAGCCCUGUGCAAGAAGCUGGGGUGGGCAGAUCCUCAGCCUGCCGCAUCGGACCGGCAGUCCUCUAGCCAGAAGGAAACCACGGAUGCUGAGUUGUCUCCGGAACUGAGGGUUUGGGGAGCGGCGAUGCUGAGGCAUGUGUUGCAGCUGCAGUGUAAUGCCCAGGCAUUGACUACAAUACAGGAGACAGCAUCAGAAGGCCACGUCAUUGCAAGUAGCAGGCAGGUGCGUCUCGCCACAGGCCUCUUCCCCGUCAUCAGCCUCCUAAACCAUUCCUGCAGCCCUAACACCAGCGUGUCCUUCAGCGGCAGAGUAGCCAUCGUCCAGGCCACCCAGCCCAUCAGCCGAGGCCAGGAGAUCCUCCACUGCUACGGGCCUCACAGGUGCCGAAUGGAAGUGGGUGAGAGGCGGCAGAAGCUGAAAGCUCAGUAUUUCUUCGACUGCCGUUGCCAGGCGUGCCUGGAGGAAGAGGAAAGCAAAGCCAAUACGACACCCAAGUGGGCCGCCUUCCGCUGUCCAAGCUGCAGGAGUCUGAUGCGGGGUGAAGAUGUGCUGCAUUGCUGCAGCCGAGCCUGUACAGUGUCCGUCAGCAGAGAUCACCUCGGCCGCCAGUUACAAGACCUUCAGCUGCGCGUUAGGAGGGGCUUGAAGCUGCUGGAAGGUGACAAACCAGACCAAGCGGUCCAGCUGCUUUUGGAGUGCCGGCAGGAUGCUGAGAGUUUUUUGUCAGCAGAGCAUUCAGUGAGGGGUGAGAUUGAGGAUCACCUGGCCCAGGCCUAUGCCAGCCAAGGGCAAUGGCAGAAGGCCGCUGUCCACCUGCGCAGCAGCCUGCAGGCGGUGGAGGGCCGGCAUGGUCCAGCCAGUGUGGAAAUGGGGCAUGAGCUCUUCAAACUGGCCCAAGUUCUAUUUAAUGGGUUGGCAGUAACGGAAGCCCUGGACGCAAUCCAAAGAGCAGAGGAGGUGUUAGCUGUGCACUACGGCCCUUGGAACGACCAGAUCCAGGAGCUGCAGGAGAUGAAAUCCUGUUUAAUGGAGCUGCCCCCCAUCACGACAAGGCUAGCGGUGUAAAACCUCCUCAAUCAGAAAGAAACUGCCUGGAACCUUCGACUCCCGAGCAAACAGGUAUAAGGCCCCUCGUUAGUGGCUGUGGAAGUGAGGGUGACUCUGAAAACGUGUGACAGGAGGCCUAGCCCGACUCAAGUUUGUUACGGUUGCCGUCUGAGAAAUGUCUCCUGGAAUCAAAUAAUUUCCCAGGUGGAAAACUGAACUUUCAUUUCAAGGUCUGGAGGUCACAAGGACCUUGAAAGUCUGUGUUAGUCCCAGGAGCAUGGCUAGAGUCCAGGGAGCUUUCUGAGUUCCCUUGGUGUUUCAUUUGGUUAAAAAUUUCUGUGUUCCAUCCCAAGGGGAACUGUAGUUAUGAGUAGUAGUAGUGGUAAUAGUAGUGGAAGUAGUAGUAGCAGCAGUUGUAAUAGCAUCAAUUAUUGAUAAUCUUAGGAAAACUAAAUUUAUAUGGCAUCUUACAUCCAAGAAGCUCAAAGAACUUCAGAUAUGUGAUCUAAUUUA